GCAAAGGGCAGAGACUUGAAGUUAGGCAUCACCGAGUUCUCAGCUGGACCUCCAAGGCCCUCUCCUUCCACUACGCAGAGAAAAGAGGAGGUGGCUGAAGAGAGGAUGAUACAAGAUUGGUUCUCUGCUCCUCCCUUUCUUUCCCUGUUUUCCACACACCCACCCUCUCCCCCACAGCAGCCUUCUCUCCCACAGAGAAUGGGAUGGGAUAGAGGGGGGCGGAGUUGGGGAAUGAGGAAUCAGAAGCCCAACAGUGUCCUGUAUCUGAAGGAAGCUCUGUCAGGGACAGCUGUGCUGGCUCAUGCUCUCCUCCUCCUCCUGCUACCAUCCUUCAGCAGGAAUGCUAGGGUCUCUGGGACUUUGGGCAUUGUUUCCCACAGCUGUGCAAGCACCCCCAAACAGGCGGACCUGUGUGUUCUUUGAGGCCCCUGGAGUGCAGGGAAGCACAAAGACACUGGGGGAACUGCUAGGUGCAGGACCAGGGCCCCCCAGGGUUAUCCGCUGCCUCUACAGCCACUGCUGCUUUGGGAUCUGGAACCUAACCCAAGACCGGGCACAGGUGGAGAUGCAAGGAUGCCGAGAUAGUGAUGAACCAGGCUGUGAGUCCCUCCAUUGUGACCCAAGCCCACGAGCCCACCCCAGCCCCGACUCCACUCUCUUCACCUGCUCCUGUGGCACUGACUUCUGCAAUGCCAAUUACAGCCAUCUACCUCCUCCCGGAAGCCCUAGGACUCCUGACUCCCAGGGUCCCCAGGCUGCCCCAGGUGAGUCCAUCUGGAUGGCAGUGGUGCUGCUAGGGCUGUUGCUCCUCCUGCUGCUGCUGCUGGGCAGUAUCAUCUUGGCCCUGCUCCAGCGAAAGGCCUACAGAGUGCGAGGGGGAACAGAUCCAGAGCCAGACUCAGGCAGGGACUGGAGUGAGGAGCUGCCGGAGCUGCCCGAGCUGUGCUUUUCCCAGGUAAUCCGGGAAGGAGGUCACGCAGUUGUGUGGGCUGGACGGCUGCAAGGCAAGCUGGUAGCUAUCAAGGCCUUCCCCCCGAGGGCUGGGGCCCAGUUCCGAGCUGAGAGAGCAUUAUACGAGCUACCAGGCCUACAGCAUGACCAUAUCGUCCGCUUUAUCACCGCCAGCCAGGGGAGCCCUGGCCCCCUGCCCUCUGGGCCCCUACUGGUACUGGAAUUGCACCCCAAGGGCUCCCUCUGCCACUACUUGACCCAGCACACCAGUGACUGGGGAAGUUCCCUGCGGAUGGCACUGUCCCUGGCCCAGGGCCUGGCAUUUCUACAUGAGGAGCGCUGGCAGGAUGGCCAAUAUAAACCAGGUAUUGCCCAUCGAGAUCUGAGCAGCCAGAAUGUGCUCAUUCGGGAAGAUGGGUCAUGUGCCAUUGGAGACCUGGGCCUUGCCUUGGUACUCCCUGGCCUCAUUCAGCCCCCUGCGUGGACCCCUACUCAACCCCGAGGCCCAGCUGCCAUCAUGGAGGCGGGCACCCAGAGGUACAUGGCGCCAGAGCUCCUGGACAAGACUCUCGACCUACAGGACUGGGGCACAGCCCUCCGGCGAGCUGAUGUUUACUCUCUGGCUCUGCUCCUGUGGGAAAUCCUGAGCCGCUGCCUAGAUUUGAGGCCUGACAGCAGACCACCACCCUUCCAAUUGGCUUAUGAGGCAGAACUGGGCAGCACCCCUACCACCUGUGAGCUAUGGGCCUUGGCAGUGGAGGAGAGGAGGCGCCCCUACAUCCCAUCUACCUGGUGCUGCUUUGCCACAGACCCCAGCGGGCUGAGGGAGCUCCUUGAGGACUGUUGGGAUGCAGAUCCAGAAGCACGGCUGACAGCUGAGUGUGUACAGCAGCGUCUGGCUGCCCUGGCCUAUCCUCAGGAGCCCCACCCCUUCCCAGAGGGCUAUCCACACAGCUGCCCACAUCUCUGCCCAGAAGACUGUCCUUCAACUCCUACCCCUGCCAUUCUCCCCUGUAGGCCUCAGCUAAGUGCCUCCCACUUCAGUGUUCAGGAAUGCCCUUGCUCCAGGAACCCUCAACCUGCUGGCACCAUUUCUCACGUGUAAAUAUGCAGCUUAUGUGUAAUCUGUGUACAUACAAACAUAAAUAUAGUGACUGUAUACCUGGUCUGAUUUGCCUCACCACUGCCUUUCCCACUUGCUCAAUCCUUGGAUCCUCCUGUGGGCAUCUAGUCCAUGGCAGUUCCAAUGAGUGACCAGGGUUUAUUGACAGGAAAGUCAAUAAAGUCAGCUUCUUGACUCAUA